AUGGCCCAAGCCCCGGGGCAGACAGGUAGCGUGGCCGAGCGGUCUAAGGCGCUGGAUUUAGGCUCCAGUCUCUUCGGAGGCGUGGGUGCGCUACUGUCUAUAAGAGCUGUUCGCCCGCGGAAGUCCAGGCUCCCGGAAACCAGGGGUGAGCGCACGCGCGAGCGCAGCGCCCCGGGCGCGCACCAGGAGCGAGCAGGGGCGGCCCCGCGGCUCCCGCCUACGCUCUGCCAGCCUCGCUCGAGCACCCUCCCGGCCGGUGUCCGGCUGCUGGGAUCGGAGCGCCGCCGAGGCUGGGCCGCUGCGGUGCCGGGACUGGCCGCGCGGGGCCGCUGCCGGCUGCGGGCCUCCCCGGCGGAGCUGUUUGUCCGCGGCCCGGGUGACCCAGAUCCCCGGCACCCCCGCACUUGGCCCCCGCCUUGCAGGCCACGGGCGGGCCCGGAGCGGAACGAAGGCCACGCGGGGCGUUCAGACGUGAGCCCCGGGUCCACUUUGGUCCGCUGGCCGGCCCCAUCCCGAGGGAGGGACCGAGAUCGGACGUGCCGCGGAGCGGGGAUCCAGGGGAGCCGGCGUGGGGACGGUGCCCCUGGUCCCUCCCUUCCCGGUGGGACUCGGACUCCUGAUAUCCAUCUGGGUGAGCCCGUCCUGUCAGCCAGAGAGACCGGCUGUGCCAGAGGCAAGCAAACAACUAUUAGGGCCCACAGCUCAGCCCCGCGCCCCCCCCCCCCCGGCCCCCUGCGCCAAGGCGGGCUGCUGCUGUGGUCACCGCUGCCGGGGCAUCCCUCUUUCCUUCCCGCCAUGGCCGUGUACCGCGUGUGUGUGACCACGGGUCCCUACCUGAGGGCCGGCACGCUGGACAACAUCUCUGUCACUCUGGUGGGCACUUGUGGUGAGAGCCCCAAGCAGCUGCUGGAUCGCUUGGGCAGGGACUUCGCCCCUGGAUCUGUGCAGAAGUACAAGGUGCGCUGCUCAGCGGAGCUGGGCGAGGUCUUGCUGCUGCGUCUACACAAGGAGCGCUACGCUUUCUUCCCCAAGGACUCUUGGUACUGCAGCUGCAUCUGCGUCACGGCCCCCGAUGGCACCUGUUCCCACUUCCCCUGCUAUCAGUGGAUUGAGGGCUACUGCACCAUAGAGCUGCGACCAGGAACAGCAAAAACUAUUUGUCAGGACUCCCUUCCCCUUCUUCUGGACCACAGGAAACGGGAGCUCCAGGGCCGACAGGAAUGUUACCGCUGGAAAGUUUAUGCCCCCGGCUUCCCCGGCAUGAUAGACGUCAGCAGCUUUGAGGAGAUGGAGACAGACAAGAAGUUUGCCUUGACCAAGAUGACACCUCGGGCAGACCCAGGGGACAGCAGUGGGAAUCGGUACUUGCCUGGCUUCCCCAUGAAGAUUGACUUCCCGUCCCUGAUGCACAUGGAACCCAACAUUCGCUACUCAGCCACCAAGAUGGCCUCUCUGCUCUUCAGCGCCAUCCCCGCGUCCUUGGGCAUGAAGCUCCGCGGGCUGCUGGACCGCAAGGGCUCCUGGAAGAAGCUGGACGACAUCCGGAAUAUCUUCUGGUGCCACAAGACGGUGAUUUCAGAGUACGUUAUGGAGCACUGGUGUGAGGACCCCUUCUUCGGGUACCAGUACCUGAACGGCGUCAAUCCCAUCAUGCUCCACUGCCUCUCCAGCUUGCCCAGCAAGCUGCCCAUCACCAAUGACAUGGUGGCCCCUUUGCUGGGACCCGACACCUGCCUGCAGACGGAACUAGAGAGGGGCAACAUCUUCCUAGCGGACUACUGGAUCCUGGCGGAGGCCCCGGUCCACUGCCUCAACGGCCGCCCCCAGUAUGUGGCCGCCCCGCUCUGCCUGCUAUGGCUCAACCCGCAGGGGGCGCUGGUGCCCCUGGCCAUCCAGCUCAGCCAGACCCCCGGGCCGGAAAGCCCCAUCUUUCUGCCCACUGACUCCUACUGGGACUGGCUGCUGGCCAAGACGUGGGUGCGCAACUCCGAGUUCCUGGUGCACGAGAACAACACACACUUUUUGUGCACGCAUUUGCUGUGCGAGGCCUUCGCCAUGGCCACGCUGCGUCAGCUGCCGCUCUGCCAUCCUAUCUACAAGCUCCUGCUCCCGCACACUCGCUACACGCUGCAAGUGAACACCAUCGCGCGGGCCACGCUGCUCAACCCCGAGGGCCUUGUGGACAAGGUCACCUCGGUCGGGAGGCAAGGCCUCCUCUACCUCAUAAGCACCGCUCUGGCCCACUUCACCUACACCGAUUUCUGCCUUCCGGACAGCGUGCGGGCCCGCGGCGUCCUGGCCAUCCCCAACUACCAUUACCGGGACGACGGCCUGAGGAUCUGGGCGGCCAUUGAGAGCUUCGUCUCCGAAAUCGUGGGCUACUAUUAUCCCAGUGAUGCAUCUGUGCAGCAGGACUCGGAGCUGCAGGCCUGGGUCGGCGAGAUUUUUGCUUGGGCGUUCCUGGGCCGGGAAAGCUCAGGCUUCCCACGCCGGCUGUGCACUCCAGGAGAGCUGGUGAAGUUCCUCACUGCAAUCAUCUUCAACUGCUCCGCCCAGCAUGCCGCUGUCAACAGUGGGCAGCAUGACUUUGGGGCCUGGAUGCCCAAUACCCCGUCAUCCAUGAGGCAGCCCCCACCGCAGACCAAGGGGACCGCCACGCUGAAAAGUUACCUAGACACCCUCCCAGAAGUGAAUGUCACCUGUAACAACCUUCUCCUCUUCUGGUUGGUCAGCCAGGAGCCCAAAGACCAGCGGCCCCUGGGCACCUACCCGGAUGAGCACUUCACGGAGGAGGCCCCUCAGCGAAGCAUCGCCGCCUUCCAGAACCGCCUGGCCCAGAUUUCACGGGAGAUCCGGGAGCGGAACCAGGGUCUGGAGCUGCCCUACGCCUACCUGGACCCUCCCCUCAUCGAGAACAGCGUCUCCAUUUGACCCACUCCUCCUACUGCCCUGGAAAAAGGCUCCAGCUCAAGGACAUGAGGAGGGCCGGCAUGUCAGG